AUGGAUGAUCUCGAAGUGGGGGGGAUCAGUUUGUUUGAUAUAGUUAAGAGCAGUUGCGGCAGUUCGAAUAUCUGUCCCAGUUUCCGGAUGAACUGGAGCGAGACAAAUACUGUUACAAUUGGGUUUCUUGGCGCGUACGGAUGGAGUCAGACAGUCCUGGGAGCGCUGCCAUUAGCCGUGGCAGCUAUUAACCGAAACCCAGACCUGUUACCGGGCUUAAAGCUGAGGUUCAUAUCUGCAGACAUCGGCCGGCCCCGACCUACACUACAGUUGGAUAAAGACAGCCUUUCCUUAAGGGUGAUGACUCAAAUGCGGGACCUUGGCGUGGUGGCGUUCUUCGGACCUGAUGGAACAUGCCACACGGAGGCGAAGCUGGCUUCUGCCUGGAACCUACCUCUUAUUUCUCACAAAUGUGCUGAAGCCCAAGGAAGAGAAGCUGGCGGUCUGGGCUCAACAUUCGCGCGCACUCUACCACCGGCGCACAAAGUCAGCAAAUCAGUAGUUGCGCUUCUCAAAGCCUACGGAUGGAGCAAGUUCGCAAUUAUAGCUGGUGACGAGCUCACAGCAGCUGAACAACAAAUGGACGCGAUUAAAGAGCUAUCGCAGAGCAACGGUCUCACAAUAACAGCUGAGCAUCGGUUCACAGAUUACAUCCCGCGGCACAUUUCACACAUGGAGCGGAUCGUCGAUGAGACCUAUGACAAAACUAGAGUUUACGUGUUCCUGGGCGAGCACAUCGCUCUGGUUGACUUUGUGAACGUGCUCCAAAGACGAGGACUCCUAGCAGCCGGGGAGUACGCCGUGGUGGCUGUCGAUGACGAAAUAUACGACCCCAACGAUGCCGCGAUAACACACGCUGAUCAUCUAAUACAGAACAGCAGUAGUGACGUGCUGGCGUUCAGGGCAGUUCUCAAAUUAACGCCCUCUCAUCCAACCAACCCCUAUUAUCUGACUCUCUGCCAAAUGAUACGGAAGCUGUCCGCGGCGCCACCCUUCUGCGUGCCAAACUACCACAAGAUAUUUGAGGACACUUCAGUGCCCAUAGAAGCGGCUCAUCUCUUCGAUGCCGUAACGCUUUGGGCCCGCGCUGCCACCGCUGCAUUGCGUCACGGGCUGCCACUCACAGAUGGCGCCACUCUCAUAAAGCUGCUGCGACCAACUACUUACAGAUCUCUACAAGGAUUUGAUGAAUUCGUGGGUGGAUCUAAAAUAGCAUGGAUAGGAGGUCAGCCACCUGUCGCGGAACCUGAAUGCGGCUUCGACGGCAAGAAAUGCGACCUACCUCACGACCCGGUGGUACUAUCAGCUGCCGCUGCGGUUGCGGCUGCCGCCUUGCUCACAGCGGCAUUGUUAGUACGGCACUACCGAUACGAGCAGAAACUCGCUUCUGUGCUGUGGCGGAUUGAAGCCAAGGAUCUUAUCAUUAUUUCUACUGGAAAUGACAAUAAGGUAGGUGCACUUAUGGAAGUGGAUACGAAACGUGCGCACACCACUAUCGCAUCGUAUAGAGGAAACAUCGUGGCUGUGAAACGGCUUAAGAAAAAAAACAUCGACGUCACCAGAGCUAUCAAGAAGGAAUUGAAGCAGAUGCGUGAACUGCGCCACGAAAACCUCACGCCCUUCGUAGGCGUCUGUGUAGAGACCGGCGUAGCUUGCAUCGCUACGGCAUACUGCUCACGUGGAUCCCUGGCCACCGUUCUGGAAGAUAGAGACUUGCAUUUAGACGAUAUGUUCGUUGCAAGUCUGGUAGCUGAUCUGCUGCGAGGACUGACUUACAUCCAUGAGUCAGCGCUUAUAUCCCAUGGGAAUUUAACGUCCAGCAAUUGCUUGGUUGAUCGACGAUGGGUUUUGCAGAUCACGGACUAUGGGCUGCACACUCUGAAGAGUGGCUGUGCCGACACGGAAGAUGCACUUCGAAUGGAAAAACGCAUGCUGUGGAGAGCCCCUGAGUUGCUGCGAGACCAGACCGCUCUUCCCAGGGGGUCGCAGAAGGGGGACGUGUACUCUUUCGGCAUCAUAUUGUAUGAAAUCCUCGGCAGGAAUGGACCAUGGGGCGACACCAAUCUUACUCAUACAGAGAUAAUCGGGCGCGUAAGGCAACCUAUUGGGGGUGUCUUCUUCCGACCACCACUUAGUGGUGUGGCAGCGCGACCGUCAGUCCUGGCCGUGUUGAAGUCUUGCUGGAGCGAGCGCCCGGACAGGCGCCCGGACGUACGACUAGUCCGGCUGAGACUGAAGGAUAUGCAUGCUGGAAUGAAAACAAAUAUCUUCGACAACAUGCUGGUUAUGAUGGAGAAAUAUGCAUCGAACCUUGAAGGGCUGGUGGCAGCCAGGACAGAGCAAGUUUUGCUGGAGAAAAGGAGGGCUGAUGAUCUUCUCAACAGAAUGCUGCCGAGGACAGUGGCAGAAGCCCUAAAGCGCGGGGAGCCGGUUCAAGCUGAAAGCUACGACUGCGUCACCAUUUACUUCAGUGAUAUUGUCGGAUUCACAAAUUUGGCCGCCAUCAACACCCCUAUGCAGGUAGUGGAGAUACUCAACGAUUUGUACACGUGCUGCGAUGCUAUAAUAUCGUUCUACAAUGUCUAUAAGGUUGAAACGAUCGGCGACGCGUACAUGGUAGUCGGCGGCCUUCCGGAGCGGUGCUCACGCCACGCAGCUGAGGUGGCGUCCCUCGCUCUGCACGUCUUGGACGCUGUUCCCAAAAUACGCAUGCGGCAUAUGCCCGCCGCCCGACUUCACAUCAGGAUAGGCAUUCACAGUGGUCGCUGCGCAGCUGGAGUGGUGGGUAUCAAGAUGCCCCGCUACUGCCUUUUUGGGGACACCGUCAACACCGCAGCCAGGAUGGAGUCGACCGGCGAGCCCCAGCGUAUUCACAUCAGCAGCGAAACCCAUCGCCUGCUCAAACAGCAUGGCGGGUUCCACUUCAAGGAGCGGGGGGUCAUCAAUAUCAAGGGUAAGGGAGAGAUGAGGACGUGGUGGCUGGUCGGUGAGGAUAGCGAGCGUCGAAAAAGUUCCCUAUACAAAUACCAAGUGGGUGUCAUCCCAACACACAAUGAGUCCUACGAGGACGCACCGUGGAGCAUCGGGAGGUCCAUCGUCAACAUCCGGGACCGUGCUCGCCUGUCCUGCGGGGGGUCCCUGGGCCCCGGGUCAGCGCUGUCGUCCCCGGGCCCUCCCGCUUGCGCCUGCUUCGUCCCCCCGCGGGACCACCAUUCGGCCCCCGCUGUCACCUUUUGUGAAGAAUGA